GAAUGCAUAUUCAUGACCUUACAGUUUCAUCCAUCCGUUGUUGAGUGUCAAGUUCGUUUGGAAAUUUGUAAAAACAGAGUGACAUGGCUGAAGAAUAGACAGUAAAUUACCAGAGUUGAACUAUGGCAACCUCUAAUUACAAGAAAGAAGAUGUUCCUCAGGCAUCAGAAGAUCCUCCUCAGGCGUCAGAAGAUCCUUCCUUAGACGUCCAAGAGAAAUCAGAAGAAAGCAAGGGAAGGCAGGAGGAGCCUGUUGCUAAGGUGGAUUCUAAAGGUGUUGAGAAGGACGGUAGCACAGAGGCAGAGAUUCUUCCCAUCCCAGACACAUGUAUAGAUCAUCUCACUCAAGGAUUGCUAGAUGCUAUACUUCCUCACUUCCAGAAACAUGAUAAAUCACUUACAGAGCUUACGAGAAACCAAGUUCUAUUGAUUGAAACUCUCCAGCAAGAAAACACAAAAUUUGCAGAGAACAAGAUAGUUGAGGAUCUUACCAAGAUGAUGCUUGAAGCCAAGGUGUACCAGGGCAAAUUGACGGCCAUUAAAAAGGAGAUGACAUCAUUACAUGAAAAGUCUAGCAAACUAAAAAAAAAAGCUUUGAAGCUGCAACAGCAGAAAAUGAAAGAGAAUCUGGAGAAGGAACAACAGAGAGAAAGAGAGAUUGAAGAGGACAGAAAGCUCACUGCAAAAAGACCAAACGCUUCUUCAUCAAAGAAGACAGCUCCACAUAGGUAGCCAACAAUUAAGACAUAGAAAUAUAAAUAGAAACACCAACCAAUAAGUGCAAAAUACUAGAUAUAUAUAUAGGAGAGUUUGUAUUAAUUUACAUCGGUUUUUCAUCAAAGACUGUUUUAACAAAUAUUGAUGGGUGACUAUUGAUGUAUUGAAUGCACAAUUUUUUUGAUGCAAAUUAUGAGAUUGAAGCAUUCCAGGCAGUAUUGGUGAAGUGUUUGAACAGUACUGAUCGUCAGUACCUAGGAAUCAUGCAAGGAGCUUCUUGUAGCUACGGUAAUCAGAAUUGGUGCUCUGAGAAAGAUGAGGGAGAGGGACAUUGACGCUUAAGGAAUUUUUUUUUUCUUCUGAUUUUGAAGGCUAUUUUUUUUAAAUGCCAACUUGUAGCAUUUUAUCUGAUAGGUUUUUUGAAGUUUUCAAAUAUACCCACACUUUUAUGACAACCCUGUGGCCAGCUGCUAAACAAGAGGGUUUGAAUAUCAUAUGCCAUUUUCCUGUUGUUUAUAAAUCAUUCCAUUAAAAAUGGACAGAAAUGUGUAAUAUUUAUUGUUUAUUCAAAAAUUGGCAAACAGGAAAUAAAUAAUAAAAUUGUAAAAAAGAAAAAUAACAUUUUGUCAGGGGUACCUGUAUAGCAUCUACUGCUUUUCUUAUUGACCUGAAUACACAAGAUUUAUUUGAUGUUCAUAUACAUGAUUAUAAUAUCUUUCUGUGCAUUGUGAAAACAUAAAAUCAUUCAUUUAUAAGUUUAAAAAGAGAAAAUUACUCAUGAAGUACUGUAACCAGUCAAAAUUUUACUCUACGACUUGUAUUUAUAUGUAACAACAAAACUCAUUGAUAAUAGUAUGAUAAUCUGAAUUAUCUCAAUAGUGUAUUGUAAAUAUUCUUGUUUCCAAAUUUCAAUUUCCAAUUUUGACAGUGUAUUUUUUCCAGAUUUUUAUUCUAAAAGAAAGUAUACAAAAGAGAGUGACAUCAUUGUGUGAAAGAAAAUGAUCUCAAUGUGAUUUCAUGAUCUUUGGAAAUAUACCACAAGAGUUCAAGUUGCUACUUCUAAGUUUCUCAGACGAAUAUACAGACUUUGUUUGCACACUUUUGAAAUAAUACUAACAGCUAUAACAGUAAUGAGUCAGUUAUUUUAUAUUUCCAGAGUAGAUUACCAAUUCACCCAUAGAUGAAUUUUGCUAAAUAUACUCCAUCCAUGAUUUUUUUUUAAGGGGUAAUUUAAAUAUGUAAUCCAAUUGUCUUCCAAUGUGUAUGAUGAAAAAUAUAUACGAUGAUGUAAAUGUAAACAAACAUUAUGAAUGUUUAUUUAAGAUUUAUUUAUGAGUAAUAGUAAGGGGUAACAGUGAGAUUAUGAUAGGAUUGAUUCAUUAAAAAGAAAUUACACUGCAUGUGCAAGAAACAUGAAUAAUAUCUGCCAAAUAAACUUGAAAGAAAUAGAUGAUAGCUGAAUAAUGAGUCCCCCCCCCCCCCCAAAUUAAAAAAAAAAAAAAAAAAAGUUUUAUCAGAUCCAUCGACUGAAUUAACACAUGAUUACCAUAUGUAGGAAUUCAUGUGUUGAUCAUGGUGCUUUUAAUUGCAAAUGUUAUCAGCUAGUUUUUCAUGUUGGUUUAUAUUUUGCAAGGCUAAACAAUUUCAUUAGCACAUAAUGCAGAAUUCAGAAUGAAUUUCAGACCUUUUUGUCUGGAAAUGCUGUAACUGUUGCACUACCAGAUCCUGAAUUAUCUUUGAAAGAGAGAUCAAUCUAUUUGGUACAAAAAGUAACAAAGUUGCUAUGAGUAAAAGUAAUCAAUCGGUACUAAAGGGUUCAAAGUAAAAAAUAAUAUACACUAUUAUAGUAACAUAUCAUUCUAGCUGUAUUGAUAUGCCAUCAGAAGUACUAAUUGUUAUUUAAUAAUGUCAAAGUUAUAUUAAAAAAUAUAAUUUGUUAUGUUUAUAUGUUAUGUUAAAAUAUGUAAAACUAGUUUGUGGCAGCUCUGGGGGUUACAUGUGGGGUGCCAACUAAAUUUGCCAAACAUAAAUAUUUGAGACACAUGUAUGUCCCCCUUACAUCCUGUAGAAUGUAAAUUCUGGGCCUGCCACAGGUAGUUAAAUUGUGUUCAUGUAAAUCCCAACUUUUAUUUUGUUUCUGUAUGGUUCUUUGAGGUUGAUUGAUUGUGUUUCAUCAACAGUGAGGAUACAAAUAAGCUUGAACUAUUAAUAACUAUUAAUUAAUGAAGAAAUUGGAAUCACACAUGUUAUAAAAAAAGGGAAAAUUUGAGGUAAGCUGAUCUAAAUGUUUGUAUUAUUAUGUGUAAGGCCCAAAACACACAUGCAUCAAAUGCUGAGAAGAAUAUGUAGUACAUGUAUACAUGAAUAUGAUUUACAUGUAUGAAAUGAAAGAUGUAAAUAUAAUUGUUACUAAUGAAAAAAUCAUAUCCUAUUCAACAAUGUUGAACUGCAAUAAACUUUGUGAAUAAAUGAAAUUUUUAUACAUCCAUGUA